AGUCACAAACACCUACAAACUUCUUUCUUCUUGAUCUUUUCCUUCACUUCCAUGGUCUCCAACAUGACAAAGCUUCAACUUUAUUCACUUAAUGCUUUAACAAUCUUGUCCCUUCUUCUACUCCUCCCUGUUUUAGUCUCUUGUGACUGUAAAUGUGAUGCUGCAGAAGACAAGAGACACAAUAAGGCUGAGGCUCUUAAAUAUAAGAUUGGAGCCAUUGCUUCUAUUCUGAUUGCCAGUGGGAUUGGGGUUUGUAUUCCCAUCCUUGCAAAUAAAUUUCAGGUUUUUCGGCCAGAGAAUGAUGUUUUCUUCAUAAUCAAAGCUUUUGCAGCGGGUGUGAUCCUAUCAACCGGUUUCGUACAUAUAUUACCUGAUGGAUUUGAUAAGUUAAGGUCUCCAUGCCUUAAUCAGAAUGUGUGGAAAUUCCCAUUCACAGGUUUCAUUGCAAUGAUGUCGGCAAUUGGGACUUUGAUGGUAGACACUUUUGCAACUAUUUUCUAUAAGAGAUUGCACUUUAACAAGGCUCAACCUGUGACAGAAGAUGAAGAGAAGGCUGGAGAACAUUCAGAUCACCUUCAUGUUCAUACACAUGCCAUAAAUGGCCAUUCACAUGGCUCAACCUCGGUUAGUGAAGGUUCAGUUAGAUCAGAACUUAUUCGCCAUCGCAUAGUAUCACAGGUUUUGGAACUCGGAAUUGUGGUUCACUCUCUAAUCAUAGGGGUUUCACUUGGUGCUUCCAGAAAUCCACAGACAAUAAAACCUCUGUUUGUAGCCUUGACAUUCCACCAGUUCUUUGAAGGCAUGGGACUUGGUGGGUGCAUCUCUCAGGCAAGAUUCGGAAGUCGACCUGUGGCAGCAAUGGCACUCUUUUUCUCCCUUACUACCCCAGUUGGAAUUAUCUUGGGGAUUGGAAUAACAAAUACUUACAAUGAGAACAGCCUAAAAGCUCUUGUCAUUGAAGGUGUUCUUGAUUCUGCUGCAGCUGGGAUUUUGAUUUAUAUGGCGCUCGUAGAUCUAUUAGCAGCUGAUUUUAUGAACUCUAGGAUGCAAAACAAUUGGAGGCUUCAGUUUGGAGCAAAUAUCUCACUUCUUCUUGGGACUGGUUGUAUGUCCAUCUUGGCCAAAUGGGCUUAAAAUUGCCAUUAUAGGUUUUGU